GGGCACGGCGGGGGGGUUAACCCGGGUUUGUGAUGUGUUUUUCGGUCCCCGGGGAGUCGCUUCUCUCCGCCUCGUCCGUCUGUCUCCAAAUAACCGCGAACUGUCACGUUUUUUAUAGCGUCUCCAUGGAAACGAGGCGUCGCUACGUAAGGGGGACGCUGCGUGAGGGUAUAUAAAGCGCGGAGGUCCGAGGACAGGACAUAAACAAAGUGCACGGACCGGAGGAAACUGAGCUAAAAGCGUGGAUAAAAUCAUGCUGCACGGAGAAACACAUUACCUGAGCGACUUCAACAGAAGUCCAGAGCGUCGUGUCGUGCUGAAAUACAGACGCUCUCCCUACGAGACCAGCCCCGACUCCGAUUUUCGUGGUAAAAGCCGCGUGGUCACAAACGGCCGCGAGCGCUGGCGCCAGCAGAACGUGAACGGGGCGUUUGGCGAGCUGCGGCGGCUCAUCCCCACUCACCCCCCCGAACGCAAGCUCAGCAAAAACGAAAUCCUGCGCCUCGCCACCAAGUACAUACACUUCCUGGAACAAGUCCUACAAGUCCAGGACCAGGAUCAGGACCUCGACCAGCACCGGGACCAGGACCAGAACCAAGAACUGGAGCAAAACUUGGAUCAGAGCGAAAAACAGAACCUCCAGGAGAUCCAGGUCAGCGGCUGCACUCCGUCCCCGACUUCGAGCUACGACAGCGGGAUCGACUGGAGCCCGCGCAGCCUGAUGGAGGAGCUGGACUCUGCGGCGCUCAGUUUCAACUAAAAAAAACGAAAAAACAACUCAAACAUGUUUCGGUUUUUGUUCAAAGAGCUUCGUUUUCAGAAGUUCGGCCUGACAAGAGAAACAUAAAGUAUCUGCGUCCAAAUGCAGGUUUGUGAAUCGGCACAGAGCGACUGAAAAUCUGUCUGAGUUUCAAAGAAUAUGGGCUUUAAUUUUUUUUUAUUUUUUUUUUUUGAUUACGUUACAAAUCCCAAAUUAACGGGCCUCUGUUAUCAUGUAGUUUCCUCAUCAAAAAUAGACCUGAAGUUGUGUUUUUUUCACAAAUCCUUCAUUUUUAAACUUAGUUCUUUUGAGUUUCUGAGACUAAAAACACAGAAUUACUCAAAUAUUUAUGAGUGAAACAAAACACAACUGAAGAACUGUGUGUUUUUAAUGAGGUAACAGCGUUUUAACAUGUCUAAAAGAGUAAAUUUUGCGUAAUAUCGUAUCUUUAAGUACAAAACUUUACUACUAGGUUUACUAAAAGGAAGUCCAAAUAUGAGUAGAAGAAACACUUUCCACUAGAGAUGCAACGAUAUUCGAUAUAAUAUUGAAUCGUUCGAUACUGGUCUCACGAUUCGAUACACGUGUCGAUACGCACGAGUCUCUCCACGCGCGCUGUGUUAGUUAUUUUGGUCCGAAAGAGAAACCAUUAUCGCAGCGUCCUCCUCAGAUGCAGCCAGAAAACAGCUCCAUAGGGAUUUACAGCUGAAAUAUUUUAACCGAGGAGGGUUUUAUCUUUCACUCACUUUUUAUUUUACCUUGAUUGACCCAGGAAUGACAAAGAUAUUCACUUUUAAAUACUUUAGAAUAACUUUUGGCUUUACAUCAGCUUUUUCCUCAGACUCUAUCUCAUCAUUUUUAGUUAGAAAACGUUUUGUUGAGACAUUUCUAUGUAAUACAACAGAAUUUUAGUGUUCAGAAAAAACUUUGUUUGUAUUUACACUGAAUACAAAUGCUGUAAAUGAUUGAACCAAAUGAACUAAAACACUUAGAAACUACAACUGUACAUUAGUUCUGUUGUGUACUCUAUUUAAUGUAGCAGAAAAAAGUACAUGAGAUUUUUUUUUUUUUUUUUUUUGCGUCUUAAAACAUAUCGAUUUGUGACUCGUGUAUCGAGAUAUGUAUCGGAUUGUGGGAAAACCGUAUCGUUGCAUCCCUACUUUUGAAAUAGCGCUAGAAUUUCCUCAAGAAAAUUAAACCUAAAUUCUUAGAUUUAAAAAAAAACAAAACAAUAUUUAACCAUUUUGUUUAAAGUGGAAUUAAAUACCAACAAUUUCUUCAUAUAGAGCUGCUAAACAGGGCGGAGUCUGGAGGACUAAAGGGAAGAAUGAAGGAGGACUAAAGGGGAGAGUGAGGAAGGA